AGUGAGAGGCAAUAUACUCCGAUGACAUUUCUACCGCCCGAACAUGGAAGCCGUCAAAAUGCACAUGAGGCCUCGAAGGCCUCGAGGAGACUUGCAAGCAUGCUUGCCAUCACUGAAGGCAGCCGCUAUUUCGGCACAUUCCGCACUGGUUCACCCUGUUCCCCCAUCUACCUCCCAUCAUUGUAAGUAGGCACCUUUCGCAACAACUAUCACUUGUACACUCCCUUUAGACUGUCAUCAUGAUCAAGAUAUGGAGCAUGAAGAAGAACGAGGACGCUGCAACCAAGAAGCGACCGAAAACAAGUGCUGCACAGAUACGAGUGCAGAAAGAUCUGACCGAACUUGACCUCCCUUCCACCAUGAAGACGGACUUCCCGGACCCUACCGACCUCCUGAACUUCACACUCACCAUCACCCCUGAUGAAGGCAUGUACAAGGGUGGUGCUUUCACUUUCUCAUUCACCAUCAACACCAACUAUCCACACGAACCGCCCAAGGUCAAGUGCAUGCAAACAAUAUACCAUCCAAACGUUGACCUCGAGGGAAACGUGUGUUUGAAUAUUCUCCGAGAAGACUGGAAACCUGUUUUAAAUUUGAACUCGGUUAUGGUCGGCCUACAAUACCUUUUCUUGGAGCCUAAUGCAGAUGAUCCAUUGAACAAAGAGGCAGCAGAAGAACUACGAAAGAAUCGUGAACAAUUCCUGUACAAUGUUAAGACAUCCAUGCGCGGUGGUAUUAUCAAGGGUGUGACAUAUAACAAGGUCCUUAUAUGAUGUUUUUUUAGACGUGUGUAGACGUUCCCAUCUGUUCACCAUGAUCCUUGUUUUCCACUGGCAUUAUUUUG